AUGUUGCUCUCUGCUGCAGCAGACUCUCUGGGACUGAACUAUAGGGAGCCCGAAAGGGAGACCGUGAGGUAUGGAUUUAUCAACUCCUGCCUGAAGUCCCUCCUAGUAGAGAAAUUUGGUGAAGAAACAUGGGAAAAGCUCAGAACUCAGGUUGGAACUGAAGACACCUUUAUGACAUAUACAGUGUAUGAUGAUUCUCUGACUGUGAAGUUGCUCAAAGAAGCCUGCAACAUGCUAAAAAUGCCAGAGGAAGCAGUGUUGAAGCUUUUUGGGCAAUACUUUUUUAAUUUCUGCAAAACAUCAGGAUAUGAUAAAAUGCUACGGACACUAGGAGGAAAUUUGAUGGAAUUUAUUGAGAAUCUUGACUCCUUACAUAGCUAUCUUGCUUUGUCUUACCAGGAAAUGAAUGCACCAUCAUUUCGAGUGGAAAGGAAAGAUGAGAGAGUGCUCCUCCACUAUUAUUCAGACAGGAAAGGCUUGUGUCACAUCGUUCCAGGGAUUAUUGAAGCUGUAGCCAGAGAUUUCUUUGACUGUGAAGUGUCCCUGGAAAUCCUUGAACAAAAUGUAGAAGAGGAGCGCACUGGGAAGAAGGAGCAUGUGGUGUUUUUUAUUUUACAGACAAAUGAAAUAGUGAAGAAGGAAGCAAUUUCUACAUGUGAAGAUGGGUCUCAGGAGGGCAAAGAGGUAUGUUCUAUAGGCAGCACCUUUCCCCCAAUAAGAUUGGCAAAAAUGAAGGAAAAACGGCUGAACAGGAAGUCUCUUCCAGGAAAAAAAAUCUGUUUCGUUUCUACAGGAAACCUUUUACGUACCUUUGAACCGUUGUUCCCUGAGAGGCUUUGGAUGGAUGAGAGAACCUUCUGCCAUGCAUUUCCUUUCCACCUCGUGUUCGAUGAAACACUGAAUAUCAAACAGGCUGGUGUAAACAUUCAGAAAUGUAUACCUGGGUUGCAAAUCAGUGGAACCAGAUUAGAUGAGUAUUUUUCUAUUAUUCAUCCACAAGUCAUGUUCGCUAUUUCCAGCAUGAAAAAGUUUAUCAACAGCCAGUUUGUUCUCAAGAUAAGGAGAGAAAUUAUGCCCAAUUCAUUGAAGAAACGGCCUGCGCUGAAACUCAGAGGACAAAUGAUCUGGAUGGAUUGCAACCGUAGCAUGAUCUACUUGUGCUCACCAAAGCUCCGCAGUUUGGAUGAGUUAAAAGAACAAGGGAUGCACCUUUCUGACAUCGCCCAACAUGACCCAACAAGAGACCUCAUUCUCUUCAACCAGCAGCGGCUGGCAGAGAUAGAGCUAUCAAACCAACUUGAGAGAAAAAAGGAAGAGCUCAGGAUUCUCUCUAAGAACCUAGAGAUAGAAAAGAAGAAAUCAGAAACUUUACUCUAUGCCAUGUUACCAAAACACGUGGCUAAUCUGCUGAAGGAAGGCGAAAAGGUUGAUGCAGGAGAUUUUAGCUGCUGCACAAUACUUUUUAGUGAUGUAGUGACUUUCACAAACAUCUGUUCUGUCUGUGAACCUAUUCAGAUUGUGAACAUGCUUAAUCUAAUGUAUUCCAAGUUUGAUCGUCUGACUAACAUCCACGGAGUUUAUAAAGUAGAAACCAUUGGUGAUGCCUACAUGGUUGUAGGAGGAGUCCCAGUCCCAGUUGCCAAUCAUGGUGAAAGGGUGGCUAAUUUUGCCCUUGGCAUGAGAAUUGCUGCAAGAGAAGUUAUGAAUCCUAUUACCACUAGACCUAUACAGAUUAGAAUUGGGAUACACACUGGACCAGUGCUAGCUGGUGUAGUUGGGGAGAAAAUGCCCAGAUACUGUUUAUUUGGUGAUACCGUCAAUACAGCUUCCAGGAUGGAAAGCCAUGGAUUGCCAGACAAAAUCCAUAUCAGCUCCACAACAUUCAAAGCACUUCCUCCUCAAGUGUUUGAGACAGUGGAAAGGGGAGCCAUAGAGGUGAAAGGCAAAGGGAAAAUGACAACCUAUUUUCUGAAACAAAAUCUCAGUGCUACUGAGGAUGAAAUAAUGGGACGGGUUGAAGAGACUUUUAGGAAUGUUUGUAGCAAUG